AUGCCUGUGUCAUCGAGGCAUAUCCAAGCCACCAAUAUACUCGUGUCCUCCUGGGUAGUACUCUUCUUGAUAGUAGGAAUCAUUUGGGAGGAAUGGAUUAAGUUAACAAAAAACAAUGAGACUAUCCACAAUCCAUGGAUGACGUGUUGUACUGCUGUUUGGCCAGAAGAUGGCCUGAAAAUUAUCAGAAUUAUGAUGCUAACAGUCUUGAUCACUUCCUGCACCUCUAACUUCAUCUUGGGAUUGCUUUUCACCUACAUUAUUCCUCAAAAUAAAUAUGUCUACCUCAUCAUUUUCCUCUUCAGUCUCUUAACAGGUAUCCUGCUGUUCUGUGCACUUCUACUGUAUGAUGGUAUGCUAAGGAAAGGUAAAACUGUGUACUUCUCUAGCUUCAAGAUCACCUGGGUCGCUGCCACUGCCUACUUCACCAUCAUCCUCCUUCUAGCCUGUAGUAUCCUCUCUUUCAUAGAAUACAAGGUGUUUGUAAAUAGCUGUACCUGCCUGAAAAUCCAAAAAUCUGCCAAAGAUCUACAGCUGUCUGGGAGUUCCAUCAAAGUUAUUUCGCUUCCAGAACGCACUGCGAUGCCUCGUAGCAUCGUCCGUGUGCACUCCCAUAAUUCAAAGGAAGACAUUGCGAACAGAUCACAUGUCAAAGCUCGGCGUGUAACCUGGGCUCUAUGA